ACGUUGCGGUAAGUAAACUUUUUCUCCCCAGAGGCCAACGUAAUUUGGUAACAACAAGUCUCCACACACAGCGCCUAAACUCUCCUGGGUGAUGUAGGUCAGUCGUCGUGCAAUCGAGUGUGCGCUGGUAUCUUUGUUGUGGGUAUUUUCCGCCUGCUUGGACUGAGAAGUGCAGUGGGAAAAUGGCAAAGAAGCUGACUUCAGAUGCCUGGUUGGGAUUUAUACUCUCCACCGUAACCAUGGCACUGACUGUGUGGAAUUCCAGCAGUGCCCAAGAAUCCAGCAAGCAUCUCCAUCGGCCCAUCAGGACCUCUGAGCCCCUUGUUGUGUCAGGCCAUGCUUCCAAGAUGUACCUCAGCCCGGAUGAGCUAAAACGGCUCAAUUUUAAGACCACCACAGAUUUCAUCCAGUUGUCGGAAGGACAUGAGGCAAAGUUCAGCUGCUCCAUUGACAUUCCCGAUUCCCAGCUUGAACCCACCAUCUUGUGGAUGAAGAACGGCCAGGACCUGGCUACGAACAUGCAAGUAAUGAUUAAUGAACUGCAGACCAUCACAGACAAGGCAACAACGCUCCUUUCCACUGUCAGCAUUACCCAGGUGCAAAGGGCAGACGCUGGCGAGUACCGUUGCAGGCUCAGCAUCGACAACAGGACGGUGGAGUCUCAACCUAUCACCAUCAAGGUAGAAGGUCUUCCAACCUUUAUCCAGCAACCUGAGGACAGAAACACAACAAAGGACACUCCUUUCACUCUGUCAUGUGAGGCGGUCGGACCUCCAGACCCCGUUAAGAUUCGCUGGCUGCGUGAUGGAAUUCCCGAUGGUGACUAUCAUAGCUCACCCAGUACUUACCAUGUGGAAGGUAUCAACAAGUACACUCAGUUCAACUGCGAAGCAUACAACAAGAAGGGGGUCAGUACAUCCAGAGAAGCAAACAUCAACAUUAAAGUGCUUCCAAAGACUGUGUCUAACUUGACUGUGAUUGCAAGGGAGUCCAAUAAAUUGAUACUAAGCUGGGUGCCCGGACAUGACGGUUUCUCUCCGUUAGCAAAGUGCCACAUUAGAUUGAAAAUGGUGAGUCGCAGGAUAGGGGAGGUGACCAUAACCAGGUUCAUCAACGCCACGGUGCCGCCAUUCCAGUGUGAAGUCACUGGACUUCAAGCCAUGACGUCUUACAACAUGAGUGUUUCCUGCAGCAAUGAGGUGGGGGCUUCUCCGCUCUCACCUUGGAUUCAGAGCAACACAACUGAGGGAGUGCCAUCAGUCUAUCCUCGAAAUGUCACCGUGCAGCUGAAUGAAACGUGGCUGGUGAUCAGGUGGAAGCCUCCGCCGGAUGAGAAGAUAAACGGUAUCCUGCAAGGCUAUGACAUAAUUGUCAGACAUGGAACGCAUGUGAACAAGAUCCACAGUUACACCAACACGGCCUUUGUGGCGCUGCACGAUUUCAACACCACGUACAGUGUGGAGGUGGCUGCAUGCACACGUGCUGGGAGCGGCAUGGUCAGCCCACGAGUCUGGCUGUUUGUGCCAGAAGACAAAUCAGGUCCAUCACCGUCCACAAGCCCCGGCACAAAGAUUCCAGAUUCUGUCAGUGUUGUUCUGGGUGUGGUGUGUGGAGUCUGUCUUUUGAUGCUUGUCCUCUGGGUGGCUAUCUGUGUACACAACAGGACAUCUGACUCUUGGCUUGGGCGGUUGUUGGGAAGUGGACAAAAGCAACAGCCGAUGGUCCAGUACAAACCUCAGAGAUCCUACAAUCGGUCUGCUGUCGGAAUAACUCUUGUAAACUUUGGUGUCAGCGAUGAACUCCAUGCCAAACUGCAGGAUGUGAUGGUCAUGAGGAACUUGCUAACCAUAGGAAAGGUGCUUGGAGAAGGUGAAUUUGGCUCAGUGAUGGAGGGUCAUUUAAGACAACCAGAUGGAAUGUCAGAAAAAGUUGCUGUGAAGACAAUGAAAUUGGAUAGUUUUUCCCAGAGGGAAAUAGAGGAGUUCCUGAAUGAGGCAGCCUGCAUGAAAGAUUUCCACCAUCCUAAUGUCAUCAGGCUGCUUGGUGUGUGCCUGGAAAUGGGAGCUGGACAUUUCCCCAAGCCAAUGGUCCUCCUGCCCUUUAUGAAAUACGGAGACCUACACACCUUCCUGCUGCGAUCACGCUUGGGAGAGAAUCCAGUUUUCUUACCAACACAGACACUCCUAAAGUUCAUGGUGGACAUUGCCUCUGGAAUGGAGUAUCUCAGCGGGCGGAACUUUCUGCAUCGCGACCUGGCCGCUCGCAACUGCAUGCUGCGAGAUGACAUGACGGUAUGUGUUGCCGAUUUUGGCUUAUCCAAGAAGAUCUACAGUGGAGAUUAUUACCGGCAAGGCAGAAUUGCUAAAAUGCCUGUCAAAUGGAUAGCAGUUGAGAGUCUGGCGGACAGAGUAUUUACUGUCAAAAGCGAUGUGUGGGCAUUCGGUGUUACCAUGUGGGAGAUCGCUACACGUGGGAUGACACCAUAUCCUGGCAUUCAGAACCACGAGAUUUACGACUACCUCCUUGAAGGACACAGGCUGAAGCAACCAACAGACUGUUUGGAUGAUCUGUAUGAGAUCAUGUAUAGCUGUUGGAGGGCUGAUCCUCUGGACCGACCCCUUUUUUACCAACUGCAUGAAAUGCUGGAAAAAAUCACAGAAAGGUUUCCAGAGGCUUUUAGCAAAGAGGAUAUCAUCUACAUCAACACCAGCUUCCAGGAUGAGAGCCCUGAUGGAGAGGCCACGGAAGAUCCUAUGCUCAACUCCUCACCUUCCUGCAGCCACCAGGAAGCAGAAAACGCAAUAGUUACUGCGGACGUUCACGGGAGCAUGGAGGAUGACGAUAGUCGUUAUGUGGUGGUUAUCUCCCCAGAUACGUCACUGAGCUCUCCAACACUGGACACUCCUCUUUUGUCGAGUGGUUCGUCAAGUCGCUCAAAUGGCAGCAUGGUUCCAGAUGGUACACGGACAGAUCACAACUCUAGUGAUAUUUCCCACCUGCUGUAAAAGUUUGGUUGUCAAGAAGUUCUAAGAUAUUGUAUUGUAUUGUAUUUUGUACCAUACUGAAUUGUAUUAAAAUCCCCCUACAGUGGUUGAGUACUAAACAUUUUGCUAUGCUCCACUAAAACCAUCUGUAGUAAUUUAAUUUUAUAAACAAAUGAUGAUUUGAUCGUCUUAAUGGCAUUGUUGUUGUCAACCUGAGUUCAACCUUGUUGAUGUUUGCACAUAUGUUUAGAAUCCACUAGACUGUGAAAUGGUUUACUUUUGUGUUUUGUUGCUGUUGAUGUGGAUAAUGUAAAUAACCGACAUAAAUGCAUUGUAUAGUGGAAGAAUAAAUAAUUUAUAGAAUACAGUA